AAUCGUCAUUCUGCAUUAGUUUUUUGCAGACGAAGCUGAGCAGACGCAUUCCCAUUCAACUGACCGUCGUGUAGCAUCAGUAUUUCUUAAUUAAUUCUAAUUUCUGGUGAAGAUGGCUAUUUGCACGCGGUAUACGCAUUGCCCCGGAUCCACCAUGGAUCUCUUCGUUAAGGACGAGAAACUGACGCGUGACACGUUGAUUCAGACGGCCAUCGCCCACAAGUACGACCAGUACUGCGAUGCGUCCUUUUUCUUCUUCGACGUCGACCGGAUGAUCGAGAAUGUCUUGCUGUGGAAGCGCCAUCUGCCGCGUGUGGCACUGUACUACGCUGUCAAAUGCGAUCCCGACCCGCUAAUCCUCCGCAUCCUAACCGCCCUGGGCUGCGGCUUCGAAGUGGCCACCCGCUACGAGAUCGAGCAGACGGCCCUGCACGGCGUCGCCCCCGAGCGGGUGGUCUAUUCCAACACCUGCAAGGCCCCCUCCAACAUCAUCGCCGCCGCCCACCACAACGUCCGCCUGACCGUGUUCGACAGCCACGACGAGCUGGUCAAGCUCCAGGAGUACCAGCCCAACGCCCAGCUGAUGGUGCGCCUGCGCUAAGACAACCCGCACGCCAAGAUCCAGAUGCACGGCCGCUUCGGCGUGUACGAAGCCACCGCCCGCACGCUGAUCCAGAGCGCCUGGGACCGCGGGCUGGACGUCAUGGGCGUGGCCUUCCACGUCGGGGUGGGCGUCAGCGGAACGGCCGACGCCCACGUCGGCGCCGUGGAGGUCGCCAAGCGGCUCUUCGACUUCGCCGCCGCCCACGGGCGGCCCUUCUCCGUCCUGGACGUCGGCGGCGGCUUCCGCGGCGACUGGAGCGACGCGCCUGUGACCUUUCCCCACUUCUGCCACGCCCUCAACGCCGGCCUGGACCGGCACUUCCCGCCCGCCUCCGGGGUGCGGAUCAUCGCCGAGCCGGGGCAGUUCGUGGUGACCACGACACAGUCGUUGUUCGUCUACGUCAUCGGCAUUAAAACCGUGGAGGAGGAGCAGCGCCAGCCGGGCUAUGUCCUGUCGGACGGGCUGUACGGUGCGUGCCGGAACAUCGAGAUCUUCAAGCCGAAACUGAAGAUCCGGGUGCACCCGUUGAACGCGCCGUCGUUCGAUUCGGCCGACCGCCCCGGGACGCCGUCGACGCUGUUCGGACCGACGUGCAGUCCGCUGGACAUCAUCGCCGAGGACUUCUCGUUGCCGGCGCUGGAGAAGAACACGUGGCUGGAGAUCCAGAAUAUGGGGAAUUACGCCAAGGAAUUGUCCUCCAAUUUCAACGGUGUCCCCACCGCCGGGACGGUCGCCUGCAUCUCACCGGAGCAUCUGCAUUUGUUAAAAUAAAAUACCGGCGCUGAGGUGUACAAGAAUAUUGCCGGUUACCGGUGUGUUUAUGCCAUCUAACGUAAUUAAACCUAUCAAUAGAUUCAUAUAUCCUUACGUCCUUAUUUUUUGGAAAUUAUCUUCUAAAUCAAGAUCGAUUUUUUCAGUAAGUUGAUAAUUUUAUAAAACAGAGCAUUGCAGAAACGUUCCUACCUUUAUCUUCAAAAAAAUUUUGAGUUUUGGAGAAGGUCUAAAAAAAUUUUUAGAGGUUGUAGUACUUAACGAUAGUUAGUACUUAAAGGUUGUUACUUUUGGAAAUCAUCUCCUAAAUCAACUUUGAUUUUUCCAUUAAGUUGUUAAUUUUAUAAAAUAGAGCACCAUUCAAAGCUUCCUACCUGCAGCUUGGAAAAAAAUUUUGGUUUCCGAAACGUUUUCAAAAACCCUUUCAAACUUCCUGUACUUAGCGUUUCGGGUUCAUAGAAAUUUGGCAGUAAAUUCUGGAAACGUAUCGAAUAAGGAAAAACAAGUUUCGCAGCUUAGCAACCUAAACUACAGACUGUAUAGUUAUUUAAACUGUCAAUUCCAUCAAAAUUCUAAUUUUUUUAAAUUCUUGAAACCUUUAAGGUGCUUUUAAAACACGUUCGGAUACCGCAAAAUACUUAACUAUAAAUUUUUCCAUCAAAGUCGCAUCCAAAGCUUUUACAUUUCAAGAAUUUCUAAACAUUUCUAAAUAUUUCGACUCGGCCCCGCGCAGCGGGGCCGUUACCUCUAAUUUUUUGAGCCUCCAGAGUUUCAACAUUUUAAAAAUGUCUAGGAAUGUCUGAGUACCUCAAUAUCUCACGGUCUUAAUUGUCUAAUUUAUAUGUAAUUUCUAAAUAUCUAAAUGCCGGUUCGCGGUCUGUUUUUGUAUUCACUCUCGUACGGCUCUGUGAUACUGGUGACAGCUUGGGCAUACACUAACCUCGAAAUCUGCUAAAUAUGUAUUUAUUUUAUUUUGAUAAAUACUGAAGAGCUUGACUGAUGGCUGAAAAAUCUUACAAUUACAGUAGUAGCAAAUGAGGUCACCUUGGGUGUGAUGUGAGGUCACCUUGGGCGACCGUUAACUGUUCCCCACAAGUUUCCAUUAAUUCUGCGCUGAAAAAUGGUUUUUUAUGGGCAUCGUUUAAAUGAUCCCACUCUACCAUUUUAUCGCUGUUUAAAUAUUAUCUGUCGUACCAAAAAUUCAAGUUUUCAGUACUUUAGAUCGGCAGUAUAAAGUUACAUUAAAAACGUUAAAAAGAACCAUGAAAAAAAGAAUUACGGAGGCUUUCACAGUUUCAUAAAACUGGUCGAAUUUAACCGGACAGCUUGAAAACCAAUAAACUUCCCACAUUUCUACAUGUUUAAAAUAUUUUCGUAGCUGGCCUCGCAGAGGUUUUAUAUUUGAAAUAUUUCUCAAAAUUUUUUUUACUGCUGUUACGAAGUACGAGUAUAUUUUGUAUUUUUUUCAUUCUUC